AGUGAUUAGUGAAUAAUGGGAAUCGAAAAAGCAUUAAAACUCGUUAGAACUUUACCGAGAGUGUCUCUCGGUAAUAUUAAAAAUUCACCCAUGGAUCAAAAGAAAAAGUUUGAUCUUCGGAGAGGUUGGGGGAAAAACAAAACACAUGGCAGAGGUCACAAGGGUCAGGGACAGAGGAUGACCUUACCAAAAUUAGGAUUUGAAACAGGACACAAACCAUUUUACCAAAGAGUUCCACAGGAACACUAUUAUGCAGGACAUCACUUAAAGAGGCAGUACCCCCCAUUAUCUUUACUGAAACUGCAGAGAAUGAUUGAUCUGGGUUGUGUCAACACAGAGGAGGUCAUUGACUUAACCUCAAUAUGCAUGACUGGCCACUACAACUUUGAAGUUGACAAACGCCAUUAUGGAAUUAAUUUGACGGAGGAGGGUGCUGAGAUAUUUGCAACACCAGUUUGUAUUGAAGUUCAGUGGGCAUCAGAACUAGUAAUAGCCACAAUCGAAAAGUUAGGCGGGGUCAUUAUGACAAGGUUUUAUGAUCCUCUAAGCCUUACUGCCCUGAAAGAUCCUGAGGCAUACUUCAAAACAGGAAAACCUAUUCCAAAAUGCAAACUCCCCCCAACAGAUGCAGUUGAGUACUAUACGGACCCAAAAGUAAGGGGUUACCUUGCAGAUCCAGAGAAAAUAGCAGAGGAGAGAGUGGCACUUGCUCAGAAGUAUGGUUAUGAACUGCCCGAUUUAUCACAAAGUGACAUAUUAUCAAUGUUCUUAAAAAGGAAGGACCCUAGACAAAUAUUCUUUGGACUUCAGCCGGGAUGGAUUGUUAAUUUGGCAGACAAAAAAAUUUUGAAACCAAAAUCAGAAUAUUUACAGGAGUAUUAUAAUUCAUAAGGUUAUGAUAUUAAAAUAUAAAAAAAA